AUGUGGAAAUCGGCGGUUCGCAACUAUUCCAUCAAAAACUUGCCCUACGAAAGCAGGCCGACCAACUUGUACAACCCGGUCAGAUCCGCCUUCAACAUAAAACCAAAGACAACCCAAGGCCUCAUAUACAAUCCUCCAGCCUCUGCUCCUAGUUUGAAGGACACUCCUAGGGCAUUCAUUCCUCAAAAUGACCCCCGUUUGACUGUUUUGGCUGAUAAAUUCAAAACAUAUACCGCUGAGGAGCUCGCGGACAUGCCAAUUAUUUACGCUCACAAGAAAGAAUACAAUUUGACACCAGAGAUCGUCCAGGAAAUCAUAACAUUGAGACAGGAAGACCCUGAAAAAUGGUCUGUGAGCAAGUUGGCUCAGAAGUUCAACAUUGAGCCUUCUAAGGUCAAUAUCCUUACAGGAUGUUCUGUAGCCAAACAACAAAAGGUCCUUGCUGAGCUUGAGACUGUGAAAAAAGCAUGGAACGAGACUACUAGAAGAGCUAGAAAGGAUCGUGUUAGAAGAAAGCAGAUGUGGCUUAGAGGAGAGUUUUAA